GAAGCAAUUCAACAUCAAAGAUCUAAAGCAAAUCUAAUCCAGCACAGAAAUGUUGACGCUACAAGGGCCAACUACUACAGUCUGCACUCAGAAGAGACCAGAACACAGCGUGUCACCGGCCCAUUGCUUGUGACACUUUUUAUCUCCUCAGUAAUUCAUUUUGGUUCAUGACACUCCAAAGCAAAAUUAACAUCAAAUCUAAGGCAGCACAGAAACGUUGGUGUGAAAAUAUCGCUGAUUGCAAUCAUUGCAUUAGUAAGUCGCGUGACCCCAAAACAAGAUAAAGUAGCUGAGACGAUUAAUGCGAUAUAAAGUUGGGAUAGCACGCCAUUUCUGUAGUUGAUACUCCAUAUUUCUCCUUUUUCCACUUUCAUUCUCAAUCAGACCUUGAAGUAAGAAUAUGGCCGAAGCACUAGUUAACGUUCUCCUAGAGCGUUUGGCUACGAUCGCCCUUGACAAGGUCGAACAAGAGCUAGAGCUGGUGGUUGGGGUUAAGAAAGAAGUCAAAAACCUCACCCGCAGUCUGGAAUCUAUUCAAGCUGUGCUCGAGGAUGCUCAGCAGAGACAAGUGAUGGGGGCCAGUGUGAAAAGGUGGCUAAAUGAACUAAAUGAUGUUUCCUACGAGAUGGAUGACGUGCUUGAUGAGUGGAUCACUACAGUUCUCAAGAGGCAAAUGGAGAAACAAGCAAGACAAGGUGCAAAUGGUGUUGUUACUACUCAGAAGAAGGACAUUCUGACUCAGCGGAUUCUUGGUUAUGGUGUUAGAAGGGGGAAAUUAUACUACCUGGAUCUGACAGAGACUGGAAAGAAACAGAAGCAUCUUUUGGGACAAGCUAAUCAGAUCAACAGGGUAGAGAAUGUGAAGGAAGCUGUAUGGUUAUGGCAUCGCCGUUUAGGUCAUCUAUCUUUUAGUUAUCUUAAGAAGCUGCAACCUCAUUUGUUUUCAGUUGUCAGUGAUUUGGAUUUCCAUUGUGACAUUUGUGAACUGGCCAAGAGUCACCGUAUUUCAUAUUCACCAAGUCUUAAUAAAAGUCAUGUUCCUUUUAUGUAGAUUCACUCUGAUGUAUGGGGUCCAGUGAAAAUUCCUUCUCUUUCUGGAGCUCGGUAUUUUGUAACGUUUAUUGAUGAUUGCACUCGCAUGACAUGGGUGUCAUUACUGAAGAAUAAGAGUGAUGUAUUUGGAAUGUUUACCGAAUUUCAGAAAAUGGUGGCAACUCAGUAUCAACAAUCCAUCAGAGUGUUUCAGUCUGACAAUGGUGGAGAGUUUGUGAAUGGCAUUAUGAUUGAGUUUUGCCGGUCAAAUGGAAUUAGUCAUCAAACCUCCAAUUCUUAUACUCCUCAACAGAAUGGUUUAGCAGAACGGAAGAACAGGCAGUUGAUGGAAGUUGUUCGUGCUUCCUUGUUUGGCAUGAAUGUACCUCGGUCCUAUUGGGGAGAAGCUGUGAAAUUAGCAGCAUAUCUUAUCAACUGUACUCCUUCACGGGUGAUUGAGUUUCAGAAUCCUCAUUAGAAGCUUCAUACACUUUUGACCAUCCCUUCUAUGCCUAAUUUGGAGCCCCGAGUGUUUGGGUGCAUAGCUUAUGUUCAUAUUCCCAAGCCUCAACGCAGCAAGCUUGAUCCCCAUGCCCGUAAGUGUAUAUUUGUUGGUUAUGCUGAAUUCCAGAAGGGUUAUCGAUGUUAUGAUCCUCUUACUGGCACUAUACAUGUCUUUCUUGAUGUUGCUUUUCGUGAAUCCGAGCCUUAUUAUUCAGGGAGACUUUCGGAGUCUUCCCUUCAAGGGGAGAGAGGUCGUAAAGGAAAUCCUCGAGAUUUAUUUGAAUUUGAAGAAUUAGAAGUAUUGGAAUCGAGAUUUGGAGUUGGGAAUUCUCCAGCACUAGUUGACAACGAAACUAAAAUUGGGACAGUAGGAAACAAAAAAGAAAAAGAAUUUGGGGACAUUGAAUCUAUUAGCGGUGGACCAGUGGGAUCCCCAACUUACCAGGACAGAUGCGAAAUAGGACCAUCGACCCUUGAACCGAGUCGACGUCAUGAUCUGUCGAACAAGACAGACGCAUAACGCCAAGACAUCAGCUUGCAUCCCCAAAGUGACAACGAUGUCAGCAUGCAUCCCUAAAGUGACAACGACUCUUCAAUGCGUCCUGGAAUAUAUGAAAAGUCACAAGCUGAUGAAUUACCUAUUGACCAGCCCAACUGUGAUACACCCAAUGAAGAGAAUAUAAUUCAGAGUUCUCAACUGUCAGAGUUUUCCCCCCUCUCUACAUCAUCAACUGAAGAAUCCGUUGCGAAUGUUCCUCCUCAGUAACGUGCAGGAUGCAUUGACGGAUCCAAAAUGGACAAAGGCGAUGAAUGAAGAAUUAGAAGCUCUUCAAAAGAAUGCAACAUGGGAGUUAGUACCUCUGCCGGCUGGGAAGAAGACUGUAGGAUGUUGUUGGGUGUUUAGUAUGAAGCUUAAUGCCGAUGGAACUAUUGAUAGAUACAAGGCGAGGUUGGUUGCCAAGGGAUAUACACAACGCUAUAGGAUUGAUUAUGAGGAGACUUUUGCACCUGUAGUAAAGAUCAAUACUGUCCUGAUUCUAAUCUCACUUGCAGCAAACAAAGAUUGGCCCUUGAACCAGUUUGAUGUGAAGAAUGUGUUUCUUAAUGGGAAUUUGGAGGAAGAAGUAUACAUGGAUGUGCCCCCAAGUGUUAAGAAUCACCCAAGUGACGUUAGCAAGGUGUGUAAAUUGAAGAAAUCUUUGUAUGGCCUGAAGCAAUCUCCAAGAGCUUGGUUUGGAAGAUUUUCAAAGUCCAUGAAAGCCUUUGGGUACAGACAGAGCAAUUCUGACCUUGUUUAUCAAACGCAAGAAUGGUAAGAUUACAGCUCUUAUUGUGUAUAUUGAUGACAUGAUUGUUACAGGGGAUGAUCCGAAAGAGAUGAAUGAAUUGAAAAAGUAUCUGUCAAAGGAGUUUGAAAUGAAGGAUCUGGGACAACUAAAGUAUUUUCUGGGUAUUGAAGUUGCAAAGUCUAAGAAGGGGAUUUUGCUUUCACAAAGGAAGUAUGUCCUUGAUUUACUUGCUGAAACGGGGAUGCUGGACUGUAGACCAAUGGAGACACCCAUUGAGAUGAAUCAUAGACUUGCUAUUUAUCCUGAUCAAGUUCCAACUGAUAAAGGGAGGUAUCAAGGUCUUGUAGGAAGGUUGAUUUAGCUUUCACAUACUAGACCAGAUAUUGCUUAUGUUGUGAGUGUUGUUAGCCAGUUUAUGCAUUGUCCUAGUGAAGAGCAUAUGGAUGCAGUCUUUCGUAUUUUGAGGUACUUGAAGAUGGCGCCAGGCAAAGGGUUACUGUUUGAGAAAAAAGAUGAAUUGAAAGUUGUUGGAUAUACGAAUGCAGAUUGGGCUGGUGAUAAAACUGACAGACAUUCUACAUCUGAGUACUUUACUUUUGUUGGAGGGAACCUUGUCACUUGGUGUAGUGAAAAGCAGAAAGUUGUUGCCAGAUCAAGUGCAGAAGCUGAAUUUCGAGGUAUGGCACAUGGAGUCUGUGAAAUGUUAUGGAUCCGUAAUGUCCUGAAAGACCUGGGUUACAAGCUUAAAAGGCCUAUGGAUUUGCAUUGUGAUAAUACAGCUGCCAUUGAGAUUGCACAUAAUCCAGUUCAGCAUGAUAGAACAACGCAUGUGGAGGUUGACCGUCAUUUUAUUAAAGAAAAUCUUGACAGAAAGGUUAUUCGCUUUCCAUUUGUAAACUCAGAGGAGCAAUUAGUUGAUGUUCUCACUAAAGGAGUGUCCAGGAAGAUAUUUGACAACUCGAUUGACAAGUUGGUCAUGGUAGACAUCUAUGCACCAACUUGAGGGGGAGUGUAGAAUCACUGUAAAUUUGUAUGUAAUUAGGAUUCUUAUUUAAUUAGGAUAUCUUGUAAUUAUAGAAAAUCCUGUAAUUAUGGAAAGAUUGUUUCCUAUUAGAGUUAGACUACUCCUUUGUGCUUGUAUAUAUACCCCCAUUGUGGGAUGAAUAUUAAUCAUCGAAUUAACUCUGAAUUGACUUUUCUUUUCUACUGAGAGGGCCAGCUCUUUGUCUUAAACUCUUUUUGAUAAGCUGUUAAUCCUCUUAUGGAGUAUGUGGAGAAAUCGAAAUGAAAUUUUAUGGAAGAACCAUUCUCAAACUAGUUCAAGUCUUGUGGCGUCUGCUUUGGCUUGGUAUGAGGAAUACUUACAAGCAAACUUGACUGUGAGUCCUUCACGAGGUCGACAUAAGAUAACUAAGAAGUGGAAUCCUCCUGUUGGGGAUACUUUGAAAAUGAAUGUUAACAGAGUUUUCUUGCCUCACGUUCCUUAUGGAGGUACAGGUGGUAUUCUCCGAAAUGCAUGAGGGCAGUUCCUUGCUGUGUUCUCUCAUAGGGUGGACUUUGUCAGUUCUUCCCU